AUGCAAAAAGUUGACGCCGCACAAGCCGGCACAUCCCCUCCGUUGGGUCGCAAUAUUUGCGAUAGACUACUAGUUGAAUCUUUUUUACAUAGCGCCUUGGUUUCCACAAAAUCCGCCACACGAUGUCGGUGGGGAUUAGUGAUCGGAAUGGUCUGGUCUGGCCUCAGGGGUCAGACCAGCGAGACCGCUAAGAAUGAGGCUAAAGCAACAUGA